AUGGCGAAAAAGUGCGUUCACAAAGGCUGCGGCAAGACGUACGAGGAUGAGAACGAAGAGUGCGUCUACCACCCCGGUCCGCCCGUCUUCCACGAGGGUCAGAAAGGCUGGAAAUGCUGUAAACCCCGCGUCCUCACCUUCGACGAGUUCCUCGCAAUCCCACCAUGCACAACGGGUACACACUCAGACGUAGACGACACUCCCGCGCCAAAACCUGCACAAGCACCCGACAUCCCUUCAGACACGCCCGUCUCGCUCGGCAGCCUCAAAGAAUCACUCCCCGCACCCGUACCCCGCGUUCCCACCUCGCAGUCCGCAACACCGCGACCUGCUGCCUCACCCAAACCGCCGGAGGAGUCAGAAGAUGACGACCCGAGCUUAGAAGUCAAGCAGGGAAUGACAUGUAGGAGGCGGGGCUGCGGACAAAAGUACGAGGGCGGCGACCGGGAAGGAGAGAGCUGUGUGCAUCAUCCCGGCGCGCCGAUAUUCCACGAGGGAAGCAAAGGGUGGAGUUGCUGCAAGAGGCGGGUGCUAGAGUUCGACCAGUUCAUGAACAUUGAGGGGUGCAAGACGAAGAACAGGCACCUGUUCGUCGGGAGCGGGAAAAAGGGUGGGGAGGAGAAGGUCGAGACGGUGAGGCAUGACUUCUAUCAGACUGGCACUUCGGUAAUCGCCUCGCUCUACCUCAAAAAGAUCGACAAGGAGUCUGCGAAAGUCGUCUUCCACCCCAACCACGUCGACCUCGAUCUCCGCACUUCAGACAGCAAGCGCUACGCAACCGAAUUCCCUCUCUUCGGCACAAUCAAGCCCGAAGAAAGCAAACACAGGAUCCUGGGCACGAAGCUGGAGUUGACGCUGGUGAAGGCGGACGGCGCGGCGUGGCCGGUCUUGCGAUCAGACGACAAACUUACAGGCGAGAUGAUACAAGUGGGUAGGGCGGGCCGUGUAUAG